ACAGUUUCAUUCACAAUCAUUCAGUCAGUCUGAGUCAGCGUUCGUUUUCAUAAUAAUUUCAUUGAGUGAAUCAAAAAGUAAAUCGUAACGUCGUCGUGUGAAAAUUGCAGCCUUGUAAAAGUGAAUUUUGUCGAAAAUAUUUACGUGCUGAUUUACUAGUGUUGAUCUGUGUUAUUUUAGAAAACGAAAGUUCCAUUCCAAUACCAGUUCAAUAGUGUGUAAGUGCUGUACCACCUUCAAAACGGCCACCGAAAGCCUUAAUUCCAAAGAACAACCCAAUUACAACACAAUGUAUCAAAAUCAAGGCGGUUAUCCGCAACAAGGCGGAUAUCCUCAAGCUGGAUACCCACAGGGAGGUUAUCCGCCUCCGCAGGGAGGUUAUCCGCCUCCACAGGGCGGGUAUCCACAAGGUGGCUAUCCACCCCCGGGAGGAUUCCCUCAGCAGGGGUACCCGCCACCCCCUCAACAAGGAUACCCGGCAUAUGGCGCUGGAUAUGGUGAGCCAGCAGGAUAUGCGCCACCGCCCGGCCAAGGUGUCGGAGAAGAUGGAGAGGUCAAAGGGUUCGAUUUCACCGAACAGUCCAUUCGAAGAGGAUUUAUCCGCAAGGUGUACUCCAUCUUGAUGUGUCAGUUGCUUGUUACGAUGGGCUUUAUUGCACUCUUCCUGUUCCACAAACCGACUAAAUUAUGGGCCUACAGGAACCCUUGGCUCUUCUGGGUAGCGUUCGCGGUGGUGUUCGUAUGUCUGAUCGUAAUGGCUUGUUGUCACAACGUCCGAAGGCAGGCUCCAAUGAACUUCAUCUUCCUCGGUAUCUUCACUGUAGCUGAGAGUUUCCUACUUGGUGUCACUUCUAGCGUCUACGAUGUCGAUGCGGUACUGAUGGCAGUAGGUAUAACGGCGGCAGUAUGCCUGGCUCUGACUCUGUUCGCGUUCCAAACGAAGUGGGACUUCACCGUCAUGGGCGGGUUCUUACUCUGCGCCACCGUCGUACUGCUUAUAUUCGGUAUCGUCUGCAUAUUCAUCCCUGGCAACAAAGUAGUGACCCUGGUCUACGCGUCCAUCGGAGCGUUAAUCUUCUCUCUGUAUCUGGUAUACGACACCCAGCUCAUGAUGGGAGGCAAGCAUAAGUACAGCAUUUCACCUGAAGAAUAUAUCUUCGCUGCCCUCAACCUUUACCUGGACAUCAUCAACAUAUUCCUUUACAUCCUCACCAUCAUUGGAGCGGCCAGGGAUUAAGAUAGGAACUAAGGGCAUCGGUCAUUUGAUUGUCUUCUUUAGUCGACGUGUUUUGGUGUCCGUUAGUUCCGAUUUGGCGGCGCUAGUUUCGUUUUUAAUCCUGUCUAGCCAAUGGUAAAACCCUUUGGUUGUUUGUUCUUUAAAAAGUUAAUUGUCAUGGUCUAUUAAAGCUUUUACGCUCAUGGUAAUAAGGUUGAGAUUUGUAUUCUUAAAUGCUUUUGUAUGCACGCAUCGUAUUCUCAAACAUACCUAGUUAGAAUACAGUACAAGUUAGGUUAUACUUCGUUAAUGUGAUAUACAACGGUUCUGUAACUCAGUCGUCACGUCGAUCUGCCAUCGACUUUAUCUUUAAGGACUUGAGGUCGAAAUUAGAGUUACCACUGGUAUAAAUAGUAGUUAAGUAUGUGCGAAGCGAACACCGAAACACGUGUUUAGGAUCUAUAAUAUUUAUUCUCUAUUAAAUUGGCUUAUUUUUUAGCCUAUCCCCCUAAGUGGGGGUUGGCACUGAACCAGUCUAACUGAAUGUCAGUAACACCACCCCUUAGGGGGUAAACGACAUUCCAUUAAACAAGACUAUUAUUUUUUGUCUAAACUCUUUAAUUUUGCAUUUAAUACGUGUGGACCGGAGCCCUUGUCGAAAGUUGGCAUGAUUCGUCAGAUAGGUGCUUAAAGCAUUAUAUUAGAAUAAGGCUUAAGCAAGCAUUAUAAUCGGAGACAAUAAAAAACUGUAUUCUACUGGCUUUUCAAACAAAUAUGUUAUAUUUUACGACUAUAAACUUUAACUCCAUACACCAAAGUACACUUUUCAUUGUUAUUAAAUUAGCUAAGUAAUGUAGUCACUGCAAAAUGUACCUUAACACCGACAAAUAAAAUGUACGUUUAGUCGUUACCAUUUCAUCUUGUAUCGACUUUAAGUAAGUAGCAUUUAGUAUUACAUAUGUAAAUAAUAUGUUUAAUAAUUCUUCUAUAAAGUUAAAAAACAGACUUGAAACCUCUCUUUUUUUGGAGUCGGUUAACUAAUAUAUUUAAACCUUCUCCGCAGUAUAACAAACACUCUUCUAAAUAUCGCAUCAAAAUCGCUUCAGCUGAUCGCGAGACAGUCGCGCACAAACAUACAUACAGGUCAAAUAGAACCACCUUUUUUCUUUUUGAAGUCAGUUAAAAUGGCAGGAGACGAAUCAUGUCAAAUUGUCUAUUUCAGAUUCCCCUUGCGAUAAUCUCUCAUUAGUUUAUACUUAGGUGGUAUAAAUUAGGUCGCCUUUGCUAUGUAUUUUAAAAAAGAAAAUUGUAUUGUCUAUGUAAGUAUUACAUGUCAAAUGACGUCACUGCUCUGAAGUUCGUGUAAGUGACAGAUGGAGGCAAACUUCAGAGCUAAUUGAUGUGAAGUUGUACGACUGUUGUGCUGCACUUUUUGGUGUUUUGUAAACUAUACGAUCUUAUUUUUAUGGAAAUCCUUAAUUUCUUGAAUUUUAUUCUACUUAAUUGUAAUGCUACCUAACUUUCAUGAUUAUCUUUGGUACAGGGCCGAUUUUUACAUCAAAAGAUAAUUGUUAACAGUAGA